AUGUUAAGAAAUUCAAGUAAAAGGCACGAGAUUGAUUGGUCAAAAAGAUUUGAUAUCAUUCAAGGUAUUGCUCGUGGACUUCUCUAUCUUCACCGUGAUUCACGUCUCAGGGUAAUUCACCGGGACCUGAAGGUCAGCAACAUUCUUCUGGACGAGAAAAUGAACCCAAAAAUAUCAGAUUUUGGAUUGGCUCGGAUGUAUCAGGGAACCCAAUAUCAGGACAACACUCACAGGGUUGUUGGAACGCUCGGAUAUAUGUCUACUGAGUAUGCAUGGACUGGUGUAUUCUCUGAGAAAUUAGACAUCUACAGCUUCGGAGUUUUGCUGUUAGAAAUCAUCAGCGGAGAGAAGAUCUCAAGAUUCAUCUAUGGCGAAGACGGAAAAACCCUUCUUGCAUAUGAGGAAUUGAUCUACUGGACCAAGAUCUUGCUGAUUCAUGCCGCCCGUUAGAAGUUGGGAGAUGUGUUCAGAUUGGUCUACUGUGUGUUCAACACCAACCUGCCAAUAGACCCAACACACAUGAGUUGCUGUCCAUGCUUACCACAACAUCAGAUCUUCCAUCACCAAAACAACCCACAUUUUCUCUGCACACGAGAGAUGACGGAUCAUCGUCUAAGGAUUUGAGUACCGUCAAUGCGAUGACACAAUCUUUGAUCCUUGCGCGUUAAGAAACCUUGUGUGAUGGAAAUUGUACAAUUGUAGGGUGUCAUAAAUAUUCCCUUUAAAGGGUUCAUUCUUCAGUGUUAAUAACUUAAACAUUGUUAAUGGGACAUAUCACUAUCUUGUAGAGAAUCGAUGAAUACGUCAACUUAUUUCACCGGGUCUAA